CGUAUUUAUUUUACGCAUGCGUGUGGCGGUUGCAUUUAGCCAGAGCCAUUUAGCUAAUCAGAAGCAUCAUUUUAAAACAUGUCCGAGAAAGGAGAAGUGGAUUUAACUGGUGCCAAGCAGAACACGGGUGUGUGGCUUGUAAAGGUGCCCAAAUACCUCUCUCAGCAAUGGGCAAAAGCAACUGGCAGAGGCGAGGUCGGGAAACUCCGAAUCUGCAAGAAAGGAACCCAAGGAAAAGCAGAGGUGUCUUUCACUUUGAACGAAGAGCUGACCGUGAUUGAGGGUAUAGAAGACAAGACGGUGUCUGCGCCUCGCGAGCACCCGUUCACCAUGCAGACAGUGGGAGGUCAGACGUUGGCGGUCUUCACAGAAACUUCAUCAGGCCAGUUAGAAGAAAGAUCUGAUGGCAGCAGCUCAGUUUCGGGGGCGGGGGCAGGUCCAGAUAAAAUAGCCUUGGAGGGAGUGGUAGUGCAGAGAGCCGAGUGCAGACCCGCUGUUAGCGAAGGCUAUAUGAGGCUGAAAAGGUUACAAAUUGAAGAGUUGGCCAAGCCAGUCAGGCUGUCCCAACAGUUGGACAAAGCUGUCACCAGCAACUACAAACCUGUGGCCAACCAUACUUACAAUCUUGAGUAUGAGCGGAAAAAGAAGGAGGAGGGCAAGAGAGCAAGAGCUGACAAACAGCAGGUGCUGGACAUGUUGUUCUCUGCUUUUGAGAAGCACCAGUACUACAACAUCAAAGAUCUGGUGGAUAUCACCAAACAGCCUGUGAUUUACUUGAAGGAAAUCUUGCGUGAUAUUGGCAUCUACAAUGUGAAGGGAACACACAAGAAUACCUGGGAGCUCAAACCAGAAUACCGACAUUACCAAGGGGAUGACAAGAUUGAUGAAUAGUUUCGGACCCUCCCGAGGCCGAUACCUUUUAAUUUGAUGGGGGGGGUGUAAGAGACCAGGCCUUGGUUGGACUUCUCUCCUGAUUUCCUUACAAUCAGGUCUUGAAGCACACUGGAUGAUGAGGCCACACAAAGGUUGCGUUUUACAGGGAGAAGUUUUAUCUUCGUUAUUUUGUAGGAGACAAGAUGAGGCAUUGGAAAACUGAAGUUUUGCACUCAGUCUGUUCCUGGUGUCUUCUGUCACAGCUCCAGCACACCCUUGAGGUCACAGGCCCCAGUAUUUGAAUUUGUCCUAACCCUCAGAGGCACAGGACAUAACAUUUUAUGAAGUAAAAGAUGCAUUUGUAAACUUGUUCUUAGCAUUAUUUUAAUUUUUAAUUAAAGGAUUCAUUCUUGAAAAAAUUCUGCACCCUGACUUGGAAAGACAAAUUUCAGCCUGGACUUGGGAUUGACAACAUUUAAGACCUGUGCCAUUGCUGUACUCGUUUGUCCUUCAGGUGCUUUAAACUUACAUUUGAUUUAUGCAAUAAAUGUUUCAAUAAA